AUGCAGGGGUCCGGCGCUGGCAGCAGCGGCAGGAGGGCGGAGAUUCCACCCCCCCCCGAGCAGGUGUUCGACCUGAAGGGCAAGCGCGCGACACCCACGAGCGUCACGUCCGCGGCCGUCGGGUCGGCCAAGCGGGGCUGGCGGAGUGUCGCGGAGGUGGCUGCUUGGGAGGACACCCUGAGUUCCGUCACCGCCGAGGACGUGCUCGCGGCACACGCGGAGAGCCUCUCGCGGCUCUGCGACGCGGCGAACGUCGUCGCAUGCGUGGUCUGCGACCCCGGCAGCUGCGCGAAGACCGCCAAGGGCUUCGCCGCGGCACUGGGCCUGCCCGCUGCCAAGGUGUUCGUGAAGGAGAACAUCUCCGACUGCUUCGCGAUGGUGGACGCCCGCGUCCGCGGCGCCUUGGAUCAGCUCCCAGCCUGA